GCAAGAGAGCUGCCGGACCACGUGUACCAGAAAUGGAAGUUCCACAAGAAUGACAACCACCUGAGAAUGCAAGCUGCCGCGAGCUUAUUGCUCAAGAAGAAGAAGAAAAAGGGUAAGGACAAGGAUGAUAAGAAAGGCAAGAAAAGCAAAAAGGACAAGAAAAAGAAGAAAAGCAAGAAGGAGAAGUCCAAGAAGGACAAGAAGUCCGGAAAGAAGAAGCGAAAGGACAUGUAG